AGCAGCGUCCGGCGAAUCUGAUUGGUCGACUGCGUCGGGGCGUUUCAUUCUGAUUGGUCGAACGCGUCGGGGCGUUUCAUUCUGAUUGGUAGACGACCGAUGCCCGGUGUCCGGGUAAGAUGGCGUCUGAAGAGCAGUGCUCGGCACCACCUCGAUGGCGGUCGAUAUCCUUAACCCACGUAGAGUAUCCAGCUGGUGAUCUGACGGGGCAGGUAUUGGCCUGCAUGAGCCUGUUGCCCAUCGCGAUCCUCGUCGGAUUCGUCACUCUGAUCGUCUUUAAGCGAGAGCUACAUACGAUCUCUUUUUUUGGGGGUUUGAUCAUGAACGAGGGGUUAAACUGGCUGCUCAAACACAUUCUACAGGAGCCUCGGCCGUGUGGAGGAGGUCACACCUCAGUCACGACAGAGUACGGGAUGCCUUCCAGUCACUCUCAGUUCAUCUGGUUUUUUGUUGUAUACUUCUUUCUUUUUCUUUAUUUAAGAAUGCAUCAGACGAACAAUGCCAGGUGUGUUGAACUGUUAUGGCGGCAUAUACUGUCCAUCAUUCUUCUGGCAGUGGCUCUGUCUGUUUCAUACAGCAGAGUCUACCUUCUCUACCACACCUGGAGUCAGGUGAUUUAUGGGGGUGUGGCCGGGAUGGUGAUGGGAGUGGUUUGGUUUUUUAUCACCCAAGAGGUGCUAACGCCGCUCUUUCCCAAGAUAGCAGCCUGGCCAAUCUCAGAGUUUUUCCUGGUGAGAGAUACAAGUCUCAUUCCCAACAUCCUGUGGUUUGAAUACACAGUAACCAGAUCAGAAGCCAGAAACAGACAACGAAAGCUGGGAACGAAGCUUCAGUGAUUUUCUGCGAAACCCAGUGAAAACUGACAGAAAGGACCACACACACAUACACACACACACACACAUACACACUGGAGUUUCAUAGUCUGGACUGUUCUGGUUGAUGUGAAUGCACAGAACAGUGUACUUGUGGACCAAAGGAGUGAGUUCGUAUAACAGACGUGACCGUUAUCACAUGACCCAACCGUUUGCACGACAUCAUGGCCUCUUCCUCCCCCUUCCCCCGUCCUUAGACUGCUCCUGCGCUCCUAAUGCAUGCGGACCGUGCUAGAGACAAAAACUAUUUAAUUACAAAUGUAAUAUAUAUUUUAUUCAUUACCAUUGACAGAGAAGAUCUUAUCAGCGGCGCGAAGGGAGUGAAGAGGAGGAAGUGGAAGAAAGAAAGAAAGUUUUACGACGCGACAAAUCUGUCAGCAUGGCAUUACAGGAAUGCUGGGUAAUAAAUACAGGAGACAAGGAGGAGGGGAGGAAUGCAGACGAGGGUGGGGGGAAUAAAAUUGCUUUUGCUCGUUUGUUUAUCUUAAAAGACAUAUAAAUACUUAGUGCAAAAUAUGUCAAGGUCACAUUUCACCCCAAAAUAAUAAUAAAUAACUGUAAGCCUAUUUUAAUGGUGUUUAUGUUUGCAUUUGUGAAAUUUUCAUGUUAUCAAAAUCUUUUUUUUUUUUGGGGGGGGGGGGUCAUGAAAAUUGUUACAAUGUAAAAACUCUUAAUGAAUUCAUUUUCUCCUGGCAAAAUAAAUAUUUAUUUUUCAAUUUUGAGGUGAAACACAUUGAAGCCGAUUCUGCAAUGGAAUAAAAAAAAAAAAUAAUAAUAAUAUUUUUUUUUAUCAUAAUUCUGACAUUUUUUUUUCUAAGAAUGGCAAGUUUACAUGUCACAGAUAAGACUUUUGUUAUACAAAUGAUUAAAUUCCGAGUUUAUAUACCUCUUAAUAUUGCCUUUUAUUUAUUUAUUUCUUUGUUUAUAUAUUGACUUUUUGAAUCUCCGAGUUUUUUUUUUGAAUAAUGGCAAGUUCAUAUCUCACAAUUCCACAAGUUUACUUCAGCCAAAUAGUUCUCCCAUGUUUCUUGCAUCUCUGUUUGUUUGUUUUUUGUUUUUGUUUUUUUGCAAGGAAAUUGAAAAAGGAUAAAAAGCAAUUGCAAGGAAAAAAUUGAAAAUACCAUUUUAUUUGUUUUGCUCUGUAGUGGAAACGGGCUUCCAUAGAUACUUGACCCUGGCAGGUUCUUGGCAGGAUAUUCACCUUAGAUUUCUGUUAAAAAGUGUAAUGGAAACUAAAAUGAUUAGCACUUUGUGAAUUUUACUUUACAAACAAAUCAUAUUAACACUAUUUAUUUUAUUUUUUUGCUGGCUCUUUUCGUUUUAAAGUUCAUCCACCGACAGAGGUUUCCCCCAUGUCUUGAGCAUAAAGGCAUUGCAAAACAUGGUGUUGUUACAACUAGUUCCAGAUUUGUGGUCCUGGGAACAAAUUUAAUGUCAGAAUUAUGUACUUUUGUUUCAACCCCAUUUGCAUUAUGUUGUAUGAGACUUAUGAUCUGAUAACACGUUUUCACAUUUAUUUAUUUAUGUCUUUGUUUUCAUGUGCAGAUGACAUGCAGAAAUACCAGUCAACAUUUCAAAGGGUGCAGUUAUAACAGGACAGGAAAAUGAUGAUCAGCUUUUUAUAUUAACAUUUAUUGUAUUUUUUUUCUAUUUCUGAACCAUUUGAUGUGGGCAGGAUGUCGGUUUUCACACCUGACCUCACUGCUCAGAUUUUUCCAUAUACCACUUGUGAGUAUAUACGUACGCCUUUGCUACUGCUACAACAUAAAUAUAUGACAAAUGGAAAAAUGGUAAAGGACAAAAAAUAAUCACCUCAGGUGAACUCUAGCAUGUACCGAGGCCUGUUCGUUUAGGUUGAUGUAGAAACUGUCUGUGACGGGUGAUUAUAUAAAGGGAAGGGAGGUUAUCACAUUACUCAAACAUGAUCCUCUCUUUUAUCAUGUGUAAUUCAUAUCAGGCUGAAUAAAAAACAAAAUGUUUAUGUAUGAA